CCCGCCCCCUCCGCCUGUCAAGAUGCGUUCGGCUUCGUCUCCUGACGUAGCGGACCCGGCCUCGGCGUGACGGGGACGAGCUGGCUCGGUCAUGGCCCAGCCCGGGGAGACCCCGGCUUCGGAGCCGACGGCGGCUCUUCUUCAACGAGUAGCUGAACUAGAGAAAGUCAAUGCUGAAUUUCUACGUACAAAACAGAAUCUCGAGCAAGAAUUUAAUCAAAAGAGAGCCAAGUUUAAAGAACUGUAUCUGGCUAAAGAAGAGGAUCUGAAGAGGCAAAAUGCAGAAUUGCAGACAGCACAUGAUGAUCUGGAAAAACUUCAAAACCAGCUCAUGGAAGCACAGGCUGAAAUGGAGAACAUCAAAGCCAUUGCUACAGUGUCUGAAAAUACUAAGCAGGAAGCUAUUGAUGACAUAAAGAAGCAGUGGCAGGAAGAAGUUGCCUCUCUGCAGGCUAUAAUGAAAGAAACUGUCCGUGAAUAUGAAGGCCAGUUUCAUCACAGGUUGGAACAAGAGCGGUCUCAGUGGAAUCAAUAUCGAGAGAAUGUUGAACGGGAAAUAGCAGAGCUGAGAAGGCGACUUUUAGAAGGUCAAGAAGAGGAAAACUUGGAGAAUGAAAUGAAGAAGGCUCAAGAAGAUGCAGAAAAACUUCGUUCAGUAGUGAUGCCCAUGGAGAAGGAGAUUGCAACUUUAAAGAAUAAACUGACUGAAGCUGAAGAAAGAAUAAAAGAGCUGGAAGCUUCAGAGGUUAAAGAACUGAAUCACUACUUGGAAGCUGAGAAAUCCUGUAGGACGGAUCUAGAAAUGUAUGUGGCUGUUUUGAACACUCAAAAAUCAGUUCUGCAAGAAGAUGCAGAAAAAUUACGGAAAGAACUUCAUGAAGUAUGCCAUCUACUAGAGCAGGAAAGGCAACAGCAUAAUCAGCUCAAACACACGUGGCAGAAGGCCAAUGACCAGUUCUUGGAGUCACAGCGUUUAUUGAUGAGGGAGAUGCAAUGGAUGGAGAUGGUGCUGACCUCAGAACAGCUGCGGCAAGUUGAAGAACUAAAGAAAAAAGACCAGGAGGAUGAAGAGCAAAGAAGACUUCAUAAAAGGAAAGAAGAGAAGGAGAAAGGCACUGAUGAUGAAUCAAAUGUAACAUGUUCUACAAUUCAUGAAGAAGCCCUUCCACCAUUCCCUGGUGAAGAGGUGCACCUCAACAGCACUCAUGGUUCAGCCCACUCGCUUGACACAGAUGCAUUGCUGUCUUCAGGAGAGUCUCUCAAGUCGGACAAUGACAUGUUUAAAGAGGGACUGCGUAGAGCUCAGUCAACAGACAGUUUGGGAACGUCGGGAUCUUUACAAGCCAAAAGUUUGGGCUACAACAAUAAAGCCAAAUCAGCUGGGAACCUUGAUGAAUCUGACUUUGGGCCACUGGUUGGGGCAGACUCUAUAUCAGAGAACUUUGAAACUGCCUCCCUGGGCUCCCUGCAAAUGCCUGGUGGGUUUAUGCUAACCAAAGACCAGGAAAAAGCAAUCACAGCAAUGACACCAGAGCAGGAGGAAACCGCAUCCCUUCUCUCCAGCAUCACACAGAGUGUAGAAAAUGCUUAUGUAUCUCCUAGUGGUUACCGUUUAGUUAGUGAAACAGAAUGGAAUCUCCUUCAGAAAGAGGUGCAAAACGCUGGGAACAAGCUGGGAAGGCGCUGUGACAUGUGUUCAAAUUAUGAAAAGCAGUUGCAAGGCAUCCAGAUUCAGGAGGCUGAAACAAGGGAUCAGGUGAAGAAACUUCAGGUGAUGUUGAGGCAGGCCAACGAUCAACUAGAGAAAACAAUACGGGAGAAGCAGGAGCUGGAGGAAUGUAUGAAACAAAGUAGUGAAGACUCAGUCAGUCAGGCCGUCCUGAUGCAGUCACGAGAGCUUGUUUCAGAGGAAUUGGCGAGGCUCCAGAAAGACAAUGAAAGCCUUCAAGGAAAACACUGUCUGCAUGUGUCUUUACAACAAGCUGAGGACUUUAUCCUUCCAGAAACUGGAGAGGGACUCCGUGAAUUGGUCCUCAAGUAUCGUGAAGACAUUAUUAGUGUACGAACUGCAGCCGAUCAUCUGGAAGAAAAACUGAAGGCAGAAAUUUUAUUUUUAAAAGAACAGAUUCAAGCCGAACAAUGUUUAAAAGAGAACAUAGAAGAGACUCUGCAGCUAGAAAUAGAAAAUUGCAAAGAGGAAAUAGCUGCUGCAUCUAGUCUAAAAACAGAAUUGGAGCAAAUAAGAGUGAAUAAAGAGCAGUUGGAAUCCAACUUGAAAGAAAAGAUACAGCAGUUAGAAAACUUUGAGGAGAGAGAAAAUGAUCUUGAAGAACAGCUGAAGAAGGAAGUUGCCACAAAGGCUAACUUAGAACACAUGAUGUUCGAGGAGAAGAAUAAAGCUCAACGGCUUCAGACAGAAUUGGAUGUCAGUGAGCAAGUACAGAGAGAUUUCGUUAAGCUUUCUCAGACCCUUCAGGUCCAGUUGGAACGGAUCCGGCAGGCAGAUUCCCUGGAGAGAAUUCGUGCAAUCCUCAAUGAUACAAAACUGACUGACAUUAAUCAACUACCUGAAACAUGACAGCCUCAGUAGCAGAGCUGCAAAGCUACAUUUUGGUGUUUUUUUUUAAAAAAACCUCCUCUUUAUAGCAAAACCUUUAAUAAUUAUUUAAUUCUAACUGAAAGAGCAGAAAGAUAACCCAAGAGUCAUGGUCCAGGUUGUGUUUCUGGGAGGGAGAGGAAGGUUUUCUGGGCGGGAAGAAAGUUUCACACGGAGAAGAUUGGCAGAACCCUCCAGGGUAUCUGCCUUCAGUGUAGUUGGACUUCUCCAUAUAACUCAUCUACCUUCAUCCUCCUGCUCUCCUCCCUCCCAGUGAUCCUGGAAUACGGCAUUCCCUUCC